GACAUGGAGGCUCCGGGUCUCGGCCGCGGCGUCCCGGCGAGCCCGCGCGAGGGCCUCGUGAAGAACGUGAGCCUGGAGUCGCUCCAGCUGUGCGAGAGAGACGGUAAGGCAGAGGACAGCGGUGUGGUAGAGAUGGAGCUCCCCGUGCCUGUGAACAUCAGGAUCAGUAACAUCACCUGUGACUCCUUCAAGAUCUGCUGGGACAUGGACCCUCGCACCAAAGAGAAAAUCACUCACUACUUCAUCGACCUCAACAAGAAAGAGAACAAAAACUCCAACAAAUUCAAACACAAGGAUGUUCCCACUAAGCUUGUUGCCAAGGCGGUGCCGUUGCCGAUGACAGUGCGAGGCCAUUGGUUCCUGAGCCCAAGAACAGAGUACACAGUUGCCGUGCAAACCGCAUCCAAGCAGAGCGAUGGAGACUACGCCGUCUCAGAGUGGAGCGAUAUUGUAGAGUUUUGCACUGCAGAUUACUCGACUGUGCACUUGACUCAGCUGCUUCAGAAGGCUGAGGUCAUCGCUGGCAGAAUGCUCCCCUUCACAGUUUUCUACCGCAAUCAGAACCAAGAGUACUUCGACUACUGCAGAAACGUGCAGGGUGGCCGAAUGCUCCCUUCGGUGAAGGACAACAGCGGCAGCCAUGGCUCUCCCCUGAGCGGUAAGUUGGAGGGCAUCUUUUUCAGCUGCAACACUGAGUUCAACACCGGCCAGCCGCCGCAGGACUCGCCGUACGGCCGCUACCGCUUCCAGAUCGCGGCCGAGGAGCUCUUCGCCCCAGACACGCGCGUCUACUUCGGCGACUUCUACUGCAUGUACACGGCCUACCACUACGUCAUCCUGGUGCUGGCGCCGCGAGGCUCGCCGGGAGACGUCUACUGCAGCGAGAGGCUGCCUGAGCUCGACGUCACCGACAACCGCUUCCUGACGCGCGUGUGCGGCCACGACGGACGCGUGGAGUUCCGUCAUGCGCAGGACGUCAUCCUGGAGCUCAUCUACACAGAACCCGUGGAGCUGGCUCGGGGCAGCGUGGCUCAGAUCAGCGGACAUCAGCUCAUGAGCCUGUCCACCGUCAAUGCAAAGAAGGAUCCCAGCUGCAAGACCUGCAACAUUAGCGUGGGACGCUAACGCUAGCACUCAUGCACAAGCUCAAGGCUGGACUGUGUCCGACCCUCAGAUCACACACCUCAAGAACUCGAACAUUAGCAUGGACUGAGAUAUCGUAACACAGAUUCAUCCCAAACAAACUAACCAUCUGUGUCCAAACCCUGAGAGCUGCAACAUGGGAAGCUGGCAGGCUCUCACAUGCACACUCAAGCUGGACUUACUAAAUGGGAAUUUUAGUAUAAUUCAGCCACUGAGAUGAAAACAAAGUCAUUCAGAGUGUUUGACGUGAAAUGAUUCGUUGUAGAGAAACUCACCGAUUUAAACCUUUACAGUGGUGAUAAGAAAUAGAAAUAAUAGCCGCUUUACUUACUAUAUAAAAUGACCAGUGAACCUACACGUGUCUUCUGAGUAAAGCUGAUAAUAGUACAAUAGUGCUAAUUCUUUUUCUUUGGAACUAUUUUGCCCUGCAUGUACCUCUCCGCCAUGACUGGAUAUCAAAAACUAGUUUUUAAACCAAAACCUUCUCGCAAAACUCUUGUAAUGUCAAUGCCUCAGGUAUUUGGCAAUGUAUUCACAGCCAUUUCAUGUAGUAACGUCUUAUAGUAUAGUUUUUAGAGGGCAAAUGCUUUGAACCUCUAGUUCCAGUCACCACCACUGUGAACAGCUUUUACCCUGUAAAUUUCUCUAGAACAAGGCAUUUCACAUCAAACCACCCUGCAUGACUUUAUUUACAUCUUAACGAUUGAAUUAUGCAGAAAUUUUGGAAAAUUGAUGAAAUUUAAAAAUACUCUCACCUCAAAACAUCUAACAUGGACUAACCCACACAUAAAUUAAUCUUAGACUUACUAGCCACAAACCCCAAGAGCUGUAAUAUUAGCAUGGAAUGCUAAGAACAUUAGCCUGGGGCACUAACGUUUACUAGCAGUCAAGCUGGACUAAGAAAUGACCCAUCAGAUGACACACCCCAAAAGCUACAACGUUAGCAUGGGACACUAACGACAUUAGCAUGGGGAGCUAAUACUUAUCCAUUAUUAGAGUUUAUUAGUGCAAGUUACACUAAAACGCACAAUCACACUGUAAACCUACUAAACCUACAGGGUCCAACCUUUAACAUACUAUCAACGUGGAUCUUGGGACUUGUGAAUUUAGUGUGGGAUGCUCAUCCAUGCUGACGCAAUCUGGGAAUAUAAAAACACCCUAAAAUUAACCUAUAAUUCAACUUUGAUUUAAACCAGUUGUGUCCAACCCUCUAAUAGCAGCAUCCUGAGUAUUUUUUCCUUUCUGAAACAUACCAUCAGCUUUAGCAUAAGAUGCUAUCAAAUGCUAAACCUGAAUUUCACUAAAACUGUGCAAUGAUAAUAUACAGUACUGUCUAAAAGCCAGAGACCUUCAUUUAUUUAAUUUCCAUUCAAAAUGGCCAAAAAGUACAAGUUACUCAUGUUUACAUUUUGAUGCUGAUAUUUAUGAGAAGAUUAGAUGGAAAAUCUCAGCACUAUGGGUCUGAAAGUAGCUGUCAAGAAGCCCUUACUAAGAAAAGCUGGAUGUGUUUGGGAGUACCUGGAUUGUGAGAAGCAGAAAAUGCAACCAACUAACACUGAACUUUGGACGUGUGGAAAAACAUCCCUGCAGAUUUCUUUGAAAGACUGAAAGCGAGCCUCCUGAAAAGAAUGAAAGCUGUUUAGUUUUGAAGUUUCGUGUACUUUGUCGGUAAUUAUAUGUGUUGUACUUUUUUCAACGCUGAAAAAAUGAACAACCUGUACUUAAUAGCCAUUUCGACGGGAAAUUAAAUAAACAAAAGUAUAGUCUUUGGCUUUUGACAGUACUGUACCUACCCUAAGCAUUGCACUUGCAUUUAAAGGCCUAUUAAAUGUCAAGACAUACUAACUGGCAAGGACUUAAGCUGACACUGUGGUCAUGGUCCUAAAGAUCACACACUUCAAGGACGGAUUAAUGUGGACCACUUAUACGUAAACACACAAAACACACUUAGCAUGACCAUGCUGACCUUCCAGCCAUCAGUUCCACCACAACCACAGCUACCCUCUCCUGCUAGCUGUUUCAGUUUGGAAUGACGACCAGUGCUGAAGAACGUCCGAAUGAACCGUAACGGGAUAACUCCAGCCCGAACGUAUGCGUGAGUAACUGAAUGCAGGGCACCAUGUACCAUGCCUGGAUGCUUUUGUCCCACAUUGCUUGUCUUAAUAGGCUGAAUUAUCGGAGGCCUAAACCAACAUAUUAACUAAAGCAAACUGGCCUGGCACCAAAAUCCUUGUCUGCAAAGAUGGAAAUGAAAUGGGAAGAAGAAUUAAGAAAAAGGACAAAGAAAGAAAGAAUGCGACUGCAAAGCCCGUGUGCGCUCAUGGUGCUCCAUCUGCCCCCGUCCUGACACAAGCCGCUGAUAUUCUUCAAAAAGAGUGAAGAAAGAACACCUAUGAACUCACACAGCCUUACCUGUUCAUCUUAUCGCUUGAGGAAAACAUCACCAUGACACAACUGACGUUAGAAACGACUUAAACUAACAAACCCUACUUUGUGUCGUCUGCUCCAGCAGUUUCUAUACUAAGGAAAGUUCUGAAUUGAGAAAGUUUAGCAGGCUUUCCAAGCAAGGAUUAAGCCCUGUUUAGAAAUUAAAUGAAUUUUCAGUGACAGUUUACUCAAAACGAGGCUUAAUCUUUGUUUGGAAAAAGUGCCUCUGAAGGUUCCACUUUUCCAUGCAGCUUGUCAACGUUCCACCUUUUCCCUCACUGGCUUUAUGCUCUUGCAUAGAGACCUGUUUAUUUUUACAAUCUAUUCGCAGUUCUCCUUUAACCAGUUGUCACUUUUUUGUUUGUUUUGCUUUGUUUUUUUAAGAGAAUUGCUGUUUUACUUUGUACGAAAGUUAUUUUCCUGGAGGGAACGGAACGCCGUGCACGUGUAUUUGUGAGUGAGAGUGUGUGAGAGAGAUUUUGUGCUGGAUCGCCCAGCAGCUUUAUUCUGCAUGUUCAUCGUGAAAUUGACGUGGUCUCGUUUUUUCGACAUUUCUGACCCUCAAAGCUGUGCUAUUGUAUGCCAAAGGUGUCUCGGUGAGAAACGUUUAACCGAACUGUGCUUAACACAAAGGAGAUGACACGAGUCAGCCUCGUUACAGGGGUUAUAGAAGUCCUAACACUGGGUGAUUCAAUGCAACACAGGCAUGAUUCGCUGGGGAAACCGUAUCUGAUCCUAAGCCAGUCUGGACGCAGACGUUUGUUGAUAAGCUUAAACGGUGAGCGCUAUUCACAGGUCCAGCAGCUCCAACAGCUUUUCUACUAAAUGUCACAGCUGCACAAAAUAGGGUUCAGUGUUUUCAAGCCUAAACUGUACAAAUGAUUUAUUGUUAUUAUUAU